UAGCAUCUCUCAUUUGCUCUCGAUCCCUUCGAGAACUAUCCAACCCCCCCGAUCGUUAGGUUGCUCCUCCUUCGAGCCUGCUCCUGAACCUCUUGCCUCAUGCUGCAAACUCCCCCUCUCUUCAAAUAGUAUCUCAGUGAGCGCAUCAUGGUGUCGGCAGGCCUAAUGUGGGGCAUCUCCGUGCUCUUGUCUCUGACUUCGGGGUGGACGCAAGAAGCCCAGCAGACCAACUCCACCAGGCCCGUCUUCCACUGCGGAGGAUCGCUCGUUGCAGAUUCGGGAUUUGUCGGCAGCGAGGGCUUCCCGAGCCAUUAUAGACCAAACAGCAAAUGCACCUGGACCAUCACAGUCCCGGAGGAGAAAGUGGUCAUGCUCACCUUCCGCAUUUUCGACCUGGAGGCAGACUCGCAAUGUCGCUAUGACUACCUGGAUGUCUACAACGGCAAAUCCAACACGGUGCAAAAACUGGGCCGUUUCUGUGGAACCUUCCGGCCCGGCGCUCUUAUUUCCACCACCAACGCGAUGAUGUUGGAGAUGGUAACGGAUGAGGAGACCCACGGUAGAGGCUUUGUGGCCUACUUCAGUGGCGUCCAGCCAUAUGCUGAGGAUCAGCAGUUUUGCGGGGGAAAGACAACAAAAUCGCAGGGCGAGAUCAUGACGCCGAACUGGCCUAUCAAGAAGUAUCCGCCAGGAACCAGCUGCUCUUGGCUCAUCACUGUGGAGCCGGAUAAGGUCAUCCAGGUUCAAUUUGGUAAAUUUGUCUUGGAGUCGGACACCUACUGCCGUUUCGACUAUGUGGCCUUCUUUAACGGCGGAGAAAAAGACGACUCGCGGCUGAUCGGAAAAUAUUGCGGAGAUCGAGCCCCACAGCCAAUCACAACCAACGGCAACGUGCUCCUGGUCCAGUUUGUGUCUGACCUCAGUGUGACAUCUGACGGGUUUCUGGCCACAUACACGAGCCUCCCCCGUGGCGCCGAGCCAUCGGUAGCGCACGGCGCCGGUGCCGAUGCCGGGUCCGUUCCGGCGAGGCCUCCCCUCAAACCCGCCGUACGUGUAGUCCCGACCGGCGCGGCGCCGCCACCUGUCACCACAACCGGAUACGUCCGCCCUCCUGCGCCCGAACCAACUCGGCCGGCCAAACCCGUCAGCCCCGCGCGUGGACGUGGGGCGGGUACCUCGGGUCAGGACAGGAGAGUGGUUGACGCGAGACCAAAUGGGGGACGGCCCGUCGCUCAGAAUCCGCUGUGUGCCAAAGUGUGUGAAAGAGAUGGAACCAUCAAGCCCAGUUUCUGUGCCAGCGAAUUUGUGAUAACCGGGAAGGUGACCUCGCUGGCCCCCGGGCCCCGGGGCACCCUGCUCAUCGGGGUCUCCCUCAUUAAAGCCUACAAAGCCGGGCGGCUAACGAUCACGCAAGCGGGAGAGGCCAUGUCGGUUCGAUUGGUGUCACAAUGCAGGAAGUGCCCGUUGCUCCGCAGAGGUGGAAACUACAUCAUCAUGGGGCAAGUGAACGAGAACGGGCGCGGCAGCCUGCAACCUGGCGCCUUCACAGCGCCGUACAAAGCCCCGCAUCACAAAUUAUUGACAAACAUCAACAACCAGCCGUGUUAACGCAACAAAUCUGCCCACAACACAAUGACGCAAUGAAUGCGAUUAAGUCGAAAGCGGAAUCUGUAUGAGGUUAUAAUAUCUUGGGAAAACAUGGCAGUCAUUUUAUAACCCCAUUAAAGAAACACAAAUCCUUCCACAUUGCCUGUAAUUUAUAUAUGAAUAAAGGAUUUGUAUAUCUCA